GUAGUCCUCCUAGCGGUGGUUGACCAUCGUCAUCAUCGCAGUAAGCUAGAAAGGACCGUCAGAAACGCAGCAGCCCGCCAGUCAGUUUCUAGUUGAACAACCAACCAGUCAGACGGUCGACGGUCGAUCAAAGUAGUCUAGCCGGAGUGUUCAGCAGUACCGUGGAGACGCUCGGUCGUUUGAUUUGUCGUCCGUUUCUUUUUUCUGGUCUGGAAGUUUUUCGAUCUACCUAAUUGAAUCUCAGGGAUAGGAAAAGUGUUCGCGCGAAAUUUCCACCACCAGCAGGAAAAGUGAUUUAAUCCCGAAAUUGUGUUCAACGAUCAGCAGGGAAUAAUUUUCUAACGGAAAACGCUUCCGAAUCGCGUUUUUCUUUCGCUACCUCAAACCGUUUCAAUUUUCGUCGCCGCCUCCUCAGUUUCCGUGCGUCGCGUCGGUGGGAAAAUCAAAACAAAGUAAACUAAGCGUGUUUUAAACUUGAAAGCCGAUUCGGCCCGUUUUGUGAGAGUGCAUCCUUUGGUAGUGCCGAUUUUUUUUUUGUAUUCGUUCUCUCAUUCCGGUCGGUGUCUCCGUUGGUGAUCUCGUAGUGUUUUGUUCAGCUUAAAGUGAAUAUCACCACUAAGGGAUAAAACGAGAGAAACUACCAGCGAUAAGUUGGUGGGAAAAACAGCUGAUUUUGGCUGAAGGUGUGAAUCGCAUCUUGGCGGAAUAAUUGCAUAAUUUCAAUCUUGAGUCAACCGUUGAGCACUCUCGAGGAAUAUCAGCCGGCUACCUCGGCAGUUUCCUCUCGAACAGCCUCAAGACCAACCAGCUGGAGGUCAACACCGACUCGAAGACGCUCCGGCCGAUCGCUCGCCUCAAGGAACCGCGGGAACUUUUCGCACUGCCGAAGGAACGGGACUAUGACUGCCCCCAGCAGGCCCCCAGAUGGCCGAUCGAGUGCCAGGUUCAGGAGGAGCGGGUUUACCACAUCAACUAUGCACCGGAGACGCCCGAGCCGUACUAUCAACCGACGGGGAAGGAACUCCAGCCGCGGCCAGUCGGCGAGGAGAACGGCGUAAUCGUGUACAAUUACAAUCCGACCAGUGCGGUUCAUUAUACCACGCUGACGAUCAAUCCGGUGCGAGUAACGAUUUUCCAUCCGGACAGGAUCGCUACUACAGCAGUCCGGUGCUGGAGCUAGACGACGACUCCCAGUGGCACUACUUUGGCUAUAGCGAAGGGGAAGAGGAAGGAUCGUCCGGGGCUGAAGACAGCGGAGUCCUGCGAUACGGUCCAAGCGAGUUUGACUUGAAUCUGACCUAUGAUCAGAUCAAUGCCGAAGAGGAGAUCUUCACUCGGGAACAGCUGAGGAAGAUGGCUUUGGAACAACCACGUCCUGAACCUUCUUCGGGCUCGUGUGGCAAAGACCAAGAAGAGGAAGAAGGCGUUGAUCGUGGGGCGAGUUCAUCGAACUCCGCAAGUCCCGUUCGGAACAGUGGACCACGGUCUCCGGGCAAUGUCCCCGGCAACACCGCAAACUUCUACGCCAGCGAGCCGGAAUCCGAUAACGACUCGGAGGGCGAGCAGAGCAAGCACGAAAUCCAAUCGGCACCGACACUGAUGCACCUCAACUCCACAGCAGCCAUACGGUUACAACACAAUCCACUUCACAACGACACACUACCCGCGUCUACCGAAUACCAAGGUUCACCAUCGACUGCUUCCGUUCCACAGUUUAGCCGCUCGACGGUCGGCGGUUCCAAGGCCCAGCCGACGGCCCACCCGAAUGCGUUCGAUCCGGACGAUCUGGUGUUCGAGUCGCGGUUCGAGAGCGGCAACCUGGGCCGGGCCAUCAAGAUCACCCCGACGUACUACGAGCUGUACCUGCGGCCGGACAUGUACACCAAUCGGCACACGCAGUGGUUCUACUUCCGGGUGAAGAACACCAAAGCCAAGAUGGUCUAUCGGUUCUCGAUCAUCAACCUCACGAAGCCGGACAGUCUGUACAAGGAGGGCAUGCGACCGCUGAUGUACUCCACGAUGGACGCCGAGUUCAAUCACGUCGGUUGGCAGCGAUGCGGCGAGAAUAUCGCCUACUUCCGAAACGACAGCGAAAAUGGGUACAACCACAGCAACUACCACCACCGGCCGGUGGACGACGACGACGAUGAGUUCGUGGGGAAUGCCUCGUUUACGCUGUCGUUCAACAUCGAGUUCCGGUACGACGACGAUACGGUGUACUUUGCGCACAGCUACCCGUACACGUACUCGGACCUGCAAGACUAUCUGAUGAGCAUCCAGCGGAACCCGGUCAAGUCGAAGUUCUGUAAGCUGCGGUUGCUGUGCCGCUCGCUGGCGGGGAACAACGUGUACUACCUGACGGUGACUGCGCCCUCGACGCACGAGGAUGACAAUCAGAAGAAGAAGAAAGCGGUAAUCAUCUCCGCACGUGUUCAUCCAGGCGAGAGUCCUUCGUCGUGGAUGAUGAAGGGCCUCAUGGACUUUAUCACCGGUGAUUCAUACGUGGCGAAAAAGCUUCGCCACAAGUUUAUCUUUAAGCUAGUGCCUAUGCUCAAUCCGGACGGCGUCAUCGUGGGCAACACCCGCAGCUCGCUGACCGGACGGGAUCUCAAUCGACAGUACCGGACCGUGAUCCGGGAAACGUAUCCGUCCAUUUGGAACACCAAGGCAAUGAUUAGAAGACUGAUGGAGGACUGCGGCGUCGCGAUGUACUGCGACAUGCACGCCCACUCACGCAAGCACAAUGUGUUCAUUUACGGGUGCGAGAACCUGAAGCGGCAUCCGGAUCGGCGGCUGCUGGAGCAGGUCUUCCCGCUGAUGUUGCACAAGAACGUGGCCGAUAAGUUUUCCUUCGAAAACUGCAAAUUUAAGGUGCAGAAAAACAAGGAGGGCACCGGACGGAUCGUCGUCUGGGUGCUCGGAGUGACCAACAGCUACACCCUGGAGGCUUCCUUCGGUGGAAGCACGAUGGGUGGCCGGGCAGGGACGCACUUUUCCACGGCGGACUACGAACACAUCGGACGGGCCUACUGCGAGACGCUGAUGGACUACUACGACGAUAAUCCGAUCAAAGAAAAGCUGCGCAUGAAGAUCCUCACGAGGCUGUCGAAGGAGGGUUCCAGUGCGGAGGAACCGCUCAACAUCCCGCUGUCGGAUUACUCCAGCGACGAAGGCGACACCAGCACCAGUAGUUCCGAGGACGAAGCCGGAAAGGACAGCAUGGCGGAACUGGAAGGUCCGUGCUGUUCAUCACUCAGGGUACCUCCGUCGUCUCCGGUGCUGCCGCAGAAGUUCAAAGGAAACAAGAAGGGUAAAAAAUCUCAGAGCCGUACGCCAAGUAAACCCUACAGGCGGAGAGCUCGCAACGCGCACCGAAUCGUUCUGGACAUUCCGACGGCCGAACCGGCCAGCGACUUCUUCGACUACACCUCGGACGAAGAUUCGUCCCCGUUUGGAGGCGGCAGCAGCACCUACCCCCACCAUCAGCUAGCGGCAUCCGACACGGAGAACACGGUCAAGCGGAACUUCCGCCGGAGGCACAAGUUUCACCAAUCGGACCGGAUCAAGAAGUUGACCAUGUUGGGCUGUGAGACGCAGUACCUGAUGCCACCGGAGUUGAUUGUGCGAUCGGCGACCAGUCGGUACCUUUCGGAGGAGGAGGACGACAAGCAGCGGAUGGUGAUGAGCAUCAUCAAGGAGUUUCCGCCGAUCAGCAAGGAGCGCUCGUGGCAAGGGUUCAACCGGGCGACCGCUGAGAGAAACCGCGCCGAACUGAUGAAGCCGAUGAGCCCGGACCACAUAUUUGCCCACCUGUCGUUCAAGCGAUCCAUCUGGACCGGAACCCAUUCGGAUGGGUACGUGAACGAAUCGACAAACAACAUCAAUUCCCGACCCUUGUCCUGGGGUGUCCCACCGGUGCUCGUUAAAUCAUCUACCCACUACGACAAUGAAGCCCUACUGACAGCAUGCUCGCAAAAGCUCGCCGCCUGGAAGGACGAGAAGCGCAGCCUGAAGGAAAAGCACCACAAGAGCCUGUCCCGGAUGGCCGCUAAGGAUAAGGAAAACCGAUCGGCCGCUGGCUCCCGGGUGAAGCUGAACCUGAGCGAGCAGUACAAUGCGGGGAGGCAGAAGACUCCCGCCGACAAGAAGCUGAGCGACAGUUCCGAGGGUAGCGGAAUCGCUAAGGUUCGGAGGAAAACUAGAUCGACCCUGAACAAGAUCGCCGAAAAGGCGGAAAUCAUCACUCACCUGUCGCGUAGCGCUCGUUCCGGUCAAUCCCGCCGAAUGGCCGUAGCCGCUGCCGCAAGUCUCCUCUCGUCGUCCGGUUCCCCGCGGAAGGCCACAAGCACCAGCAAUCUUCUCGGUCCGGUGUCCGGAUCGCCGCAAACCCAGCUGCUCGUAUCGAGUCAAUCGCUAAAAACACCAAUCCACACCACCACCACUGGUCACAAGUUCAAAACCGGCGGAAUCGUCGUAACGGCCGCCCAGCCUCUGCACACCCGGCAACGCAAAACGGGACAGCACCUCAGAGCCGUCCGGACACCGGCCAGCAACAAUUCUUCCACUUCACCGACCAAACUGCCGACGACGACCACAAUCGAUAUACAGCUGACCACACUCUGCUCCGAGACGGAAUCUGAAAAGAACGUCAAGAUCGUUAGCAGCACCCAGCCGAGGAAGCACAAGAAGAAGCACCACCGGAUCGGCGGCAACAGGGACAAGUCGGCGUCCGGCGGGAGGGCACCGGUUUGA